UGGGCUGCACUGCAUACGCGCCGUGGCGGAGAGCGAAGAUGGCGGAGAAUAAUGUCGAAGCGGAGCCCGACUGGAACGACUGGGCCCUGGAUGCGGCCGAGGAUACCGUCAUCGCAAUGGAAACGCUGCUGGCCACGCUGAGGGCGUUUGAAGAUGUACUAAGACAGCAGGAAAUAUCCAUAGCAUCUUCCACGGAGUACUGCGAUAACUUCUGCCAGGCACUGAUGCACUAUGCUGGGAGCAGGAACUCCAUAGAGCAUGGUCUACCUCUGCUGGAGGUGUACUGCCUGUCCAUAAACUGCUUCGCAGCGGCCAGAUCUCAUCUCACUGCAGAGUCCGACAGAGUGGGGCUCGUUUUGAAGAGAUUGGCUUUGAGCUGUUUUGAACUGCUGCUGUCAGUGCCUGAGAAUGAAAUCCCAUAUGAAGCCUGGCUUCAGUUCCACCACUCGGUUCAGAUUGCCCAUGAUACACUUAUACAGUAUGGAAGCACAGACCUCCAAGCACUCCUCCAGAUCACAGGAGAGGGAGGAGCAUGGAGCAACCCAAUCCUAAGCGCCCUCCUCACCGGGCAGCCCACCAGCCCAGAGGAUGUUAAUGCAUACAUAAGCUUGGAAGGUGAGGGCUUCAUGGAGAUGCGGGUGAAACACCUGGAGAAGAUGGGCGAGGUGGCCAAGGCUGGAGUCUUGGCCAAAGCUUGUGCCGAAUGCAACCUCAUUUCCAACCAGGGAAUGUUUCGACAGAUCUACGUCGCCCAGCUCUGCCACCUGCUGCCCAACGAAGAGGCCAUCAUGGAGAUAUCCAGACUGGACUGUAAAGAUGUUCUGGAAAUCACCUGCAGCUUGGAGACGGAGGGCGAGGAGAACACGGCCUUCAUUCUGUGCACAACCUUCCUAACGCAGCAUCUACAGCAGCAGAGUCUCUACUGCUCCUGGGAUUUGAUAUCGUUGUGGAGUAAACUUCAGAGAAGACUUGACCCUUCGUCGAUUUCUCUGUUGGAACGAUGCCUUCAGCUGGGAGCUAUUGCCAAAACUGUCCAACAUCUGCUCUACCUGGUCCGUGUGAUUCAGGAAGAGACGGAGACUUUCGGAACACGUGCCUCAGUUGAACUUUGUGUCAAAGCACUUCAGCUUCCAAAGCAGGACGACUCGGAAACCAGAACAUCCGUUUGCAAGAUGGUGUCCUGCCUCCUUCCUAAUGAUCUGGAAGUCCUGCGUGCCUGCAAGCUCACUGAGUUCCUCCUCGACACCAGCCAGGAAACGUUCAACUGUCUGAAGGAGCUAUAUCUUCGCCCAGACCAGAAGCGGGACCAGGAAGGCGAGGCUAUUCCCAACUCGCUCCGCUGCGAGUUGCUGCUAGCACUGAAAGCUUACUGGCCUUUUGACCCCGAGUUCUGGGACUGGAAAACUCUUAAAUAUCAUUGCAUAUCGCUGCUAGGGAUUAGACCGGAGUCUGAAGAAGAAGAGGAGGAGGUGGAGGAAGUGGAGGACAAGCAAGAGAAAGCUAAACAGCACGAGCCACAAGGAGGUCCGAUAAAAGUCGAAUCGGAGCCCAACAGCAGGAUAAACGGAGGGCUUAAUGUGGAGAAAAGUCCGAUCAAUAACCACACGGACAUUAAAGGGAAGUGCGAGAUUAAAAGGCCAAAGCUGCGCUGUCAGAUCUGUAAGAGGUCCAUCACAGACAUACAAAUAAUUCAUCACUCCCAAAGACACGCAGAGAAGAAUAAUCAUCCCUGCCCGGUUUGCUUGGAGGACUUCAGGAGCAGAAAGGACCUGCUGCCACACCUGAGAAAACACAUUAAGAAGACGCCAUCUUCUCCCCAGAGCAGCACAAAGACAGAGGCCACGCAGGAACAAACGGAAGACGAAGAAGAUGUCGAACCCGGAGAGAUCACCCUGGACCCCUCACUAAUGCUGUAUUACAAAUCCACGCACAACCAAGACCCGUUGCAUGACGCUGUCGGAAAAGCCAAAACCCCGACAGAGCAGCCGGAGGACAACGACGAGUAUGUGACGUUCGAUUACAUCGACAAGCACUUCAAGCUGCAGAACCGGGAGGUGUAUCCCUGCCCGGGGACCAAAUGCAAUCGGAUCUUUAAGCACUCCAAGUACUUGUACGUCCACCUGAAGUCAGAGCACAGGGGCGACGAAAAUGUGAAACAUUUCCAUCAGAUGAGGGACAAAAGGGAAAAAUGCGUCUUCUGCAGACGGCACUUUGUCUCCGCUUUCCAUCACCGCAGACACAGGAAAGUCCACUACGGCGAUCAGCCUUACAUGUGUGUCGUCAUCGGCUGCGGCGCUCGCUUCGGGACGUCUAAUGAGCUCGUGAUGCACAAGCACACCCACGGCUUCCAGCUCAACUACCAGUGUGAGCUCAAAGGCUGCUCCGUCACAUACUCAGACCUGGGACAGAUCUAUCACCACGAAGCACAGCACUUCAGAGAUGCGGCCUUUACCUGCAGUAGCGCUGAAUGUAAAAAGUUCUUCUUAUCUAAAAAGGACUUUCUAAAGCAUUUAUCCACACACAACAUCACGUUCACAGAAAAUGACUUUGAGGCUCAGAGAAGGGCUAAGCGGAAAUUCUUUAAGACGGUCCGUGAAGUGAUUGUGCGCCCCAUCAAGCCCGUGAAUAUAACAGAAGCUGUAAACGGGAACGUCCUGAACUCGCAGUCAGUCAGCUGCGGCUCAUCUCUACAAGAAGCCGAACCCCAGGAGCCCAAGGCGACGGUCACGCUGGUGGCCGUGUGCUUCGACGGCAGCAAAUUCACAUGUGGCUUUGAGAGGUGCGGAAUGACUUUUUCUAGAGCCAGAGACGUCCAAAGGCAUCUGAAAUGUGCUCACCCGGAACAUUUGAAGUUGGAGAACAGAGAACAGAAACAUGAAAACGGGGAAAACUCUGUGCCCAAAGUGGUGAAGCCUGAAACGGAGCCAGAGAGUGGGGAUCAAAGAGAAGAUGAACAUUCACCUCCGCUGUUACCUUUGGAGUCUGCCAAAGAGAAGAAGGCACCUUCUCACACCAAAGGCGGCGACACGAAUCCUUCGGGCGUUAACACAAAAAAUGACGCUUUGAAAGAAAUCCUCAUCGGGUUGAGCAAACUAAGCCUGGGCUCCUCAUCCUCUCAGGGUUUGCAAAACAAGACCCUGAAGUCCAACUCCGACUUUACAGCAUCUUCUAUUCAUCAGGCGAUCAUAGAGAAGCCUCUUGUAGUGUUGCUCAAGAAGAGACGCCAUCUGCUGGAGGAGCAGGUGAAAAGCGAAGCGGAACAAACGCCGCUGACCAGCGAGGAAGAAGGCGUGGAACCGUUGGCCACGGCCAGGCCUUAUGUGUGCGAGAUAAAACGGUGCGGCUUCCGGACCGCUCGGAGUUACAGCCUACUGCGACACUACCUCUCCGUACAUAGCCGGACCAUCGACGAUGCCAAACGAAUGACCGCCUCCAUCAAGCCUUACAAGUGCCACCUUUGUCCCAAGAGUCACAGAGAGAAGAAAGUGCUGAAGGCCCACUAUAUUACAGUUCACAACAUGAGUGAAGACCUCUUUAACAGUUUGAGCUUUGCGUCUGCAGGAGUCGAAGGACACGAAGGGUCUGCAACGUCACAGCCGACGCUGCAGCUCUCAGCGAAUCACAGUGAAAAGGCUAAAACGAGGGACGCUCCCAACCUGCCACAUCAACACAACGUGAAGGAAGAGAGCGGAAUCAGUGAAAACGGAGAGAACGGCAGCAAUCUUUCCUCCGUGGAAGAAGGAGAGGAGGAAGGGGAGAUCAAAGACAAAGAUGACGAGCAGAAAGAGCAAAACGAGGACAACGCCACCCAGCAGGUGAGAACGAGGCGUGUGGUGGCUAAGAGCAACCUGUGUUACAUACUGGACAAGUUCAGCAAACCGUUUCACUGUGUGGCGAAGAACUGCGACGCAGCUUUUUCCACACAGGGAGGCCUCGUUCGCCACCUGCAGCUGGUGCACCACUACAACCGCUCUCAGCUCCUGCUGGAAAAAGACGGCGAGGUGCAGGCCAGCCCCGAAGCCAGAAGGGAGCCUUCCAAGAGAAGACCUCUCACAAACUCUGACGAACCUCAGCCGCAGUUCAAAUGUCACUUUGCUAACUGUUUCGCCUCCUACCACCUUAAAAGCAGUCUGGUGCGGCACACGCGAGAUGUUCACUCUCGGCCUCCUGAGCUCAUACGAUGCAAAUUCGACGGCUGCUCCAGGGUCUUCAGCCACAACGAGGCCCUUAAGAAACACACUCUGUACAGUCACUACGAGUACUACGACUCACUGGUGCUACGGCUGCAGAGCACACACAAGAAGUCAGUAACUGGCUGCCAGAAGAAGGUGAUCGUUACGCCAACGAGUCCUGAGAAGGAAGAAACGUCUUUGCCCACCACUGAGAAUUCGGAGUCUGAAGGGACGACGCAGUCGGAAGAGAAGGACGACAGCGGUGCUGAUGUGAAAAAGGCGUCGGGGAAAAGCGGCAGACGAAAGCACAACUUGUUCAGCAGUUUCGUCUUUAGAUCUCACGAGGAAGCACUACAGAUGUGUCAGGACCGCUGUUUGCGUACAGCUUACCCGUGCAUGGUCCAAGACUGCGACUCAGUGGUCACCUACCUGCACAGCCUGCACCGCCACUACCUGGCGGUUCACCGCAUGUAUCGAGAAGAUCUCUCCAAAAAUGAAGACAAACUUGUUUUUACCGCCGAGAAGCUGGAGGUGCUGAUCCAGACGAAGUCCGCCAGGCCAGCUGUCAGCGGAGAAAUCUCACCUGAGGAGGCUCCGAAAACGGAGCUCCAGGCUGAGGCAGCAGACGCGGAGGAGGAGCAGCCUCCCCCUUUGACUCCUCCUGCGCUGGAAGCUGGAUCAGAGGAGAAGGAAAGUUGUGAGCCUCUAGAUCCACCAGAAGAGAAAAAAAAAGAGCCUCCACCCGAUGAGAUAAACGAGGCUGCAAACGAGAUGCUGGAAGAUGAACUGAUCAAAGAAGAGGCUCCUGAGGAGCUUCCUGUUUCUACUCCUCCACAGACAAAACAGGAUGAAAGAUCCAUAUUAGACAAAUUUAAACCACUUCUUCGCCCGGUCACUGUAGACCUUUCACCUCCGUGCUCGCUGCGCUUUUCUCCUGAGCCAGGCAACAAAGAUGGCGCUAAAACAAACACCUCGACGCCCCCUCCCACGCCGUCACCACCCCCAACACCGCCGCCCUCCGCUCUUCUUCGCAUGCCGCUGAAACGGAAAAACGAACAGUCAGAACAACCGUUCAGCUGCAAAGAAACCAAGCCCAGAAGCCCCUCGCCAAGCCCCUUUGACAUCGCUGCCUACAAGCCCAUGGGCUUUGAGUCCUCGUUCUUGCAGUUCAUUCAAGAAAAAACUCCGAUAGAAACGGAGGAAGAGCUGAAAAGCCGAGACGCUCUGAAACGCAGCUGCUCUGUGAAGGAGAACAACCAGCUGGGAGUCUCUCACACCCGCAGAAAACGCACUCAUUCCCCUCCGGAAGAUGGAGACUUCACCUCGGUACAAAACUUGAAGUCCAUCCUGGACAGAGCCCUGGCUGGGUGUGGGGACCUGGCCGUAAAGCAGCUACAGUACCUCAGACCGGUGGUGGUUCUGGGACGACCCGUGACCAGCACCGCCACGCCUGACCUCUUCCCAUCAAAGACCAACAGCAAACUGCUUCUUGGAAGUUAGUUUUAAUCAGCACCUUUUUAAACAUGGCAAUGAAAAAGUUAUUUCUUUUUACAGACUGUGUAUCAGUAUUUUUUUCAUCCAAAACACUUUUUUUUUUAAGUUGACUGAACUUUUGUAGAAAUUAGCCUAAAUAAAAAAACAAGCCUUAAAAGGUGCAGAUGAAAGCAGUCUGACAGUAUUUUAGACUUUAUCAAAGCAGUCAGAUAACAUCCAAUGUGUUCAAUUAGUCACAGAUGUAUAUAUGACCAUGUCCUCCCAAACACAUGUAUAGCUUUUCAGAUUGUUAGAAAUGAUCAGUAGCAUAAUGCCAAACCUUUUCACUCAAAAUGGGACUAAAAUGUGAACCUACAACUAAGAAAUAUGUUUGGUUAUUUUUCACUUCUGUUUAUAUGAAAUCAGUAUUGGCAGCAGUUCUUGGACAACAUGUAUGUAACGGUUUCUAAUAAAUAAAUAAAAAAGACUGGAAAUAAAUUUAGGACAUUUUUGUAAUCGAUGAAAGAGUUUAGCUCUGCUUUUGAGUGUAAAAAAAAGGAUAAAGAUUCAUUUUAAAAUCAUUGUCAAAGAAAUCGCUUAACUUGGGUACUAUUCAUGCAUUUUGAUUUCAUAAAAUGGUAAAAAAAAAAAAAAAAAAGGCUUUUUAA